UUCAUUACCCCUUAAGUUCUUCCUUACAUAUCUGUCUUAUUUCUCUCAUCUGAAUCCACUAUCAGCCCCAAAUAUGGGAAUUGAAACCUUGAACGGUGCGAAUUUUUCUUCAUGGAAAGAUUCACUGAUGCUAACUCUUGGCAUGUUGGAUUUUGAUUAUGCACUGAGAGAGCCUGCCCCUCCUGCCCUCAUUGAUAAAAGUACUGCUGAAGAUAAAAUAGUACAUGAGAGAUGGGAGAGGUGCAACAGAAUGGCUCUUAUGCUCAUUAAAAAUUCCAUCAGCAUAAUCAUCAAGGGAGCUAUUCCAGAUUCAUCUAAUGCUAAAACAUAUCUGGCUUCCGUGGAGGAACAAUUCAAAGCAACUUCUAAGGCACAUGCUAGUACUCUUAUUUUGAAGAUGGUGACUACAAAAUAUGACGGGAAUAGCGGCAUUCGUGAGCACAUCAUGAUGAUGAACGACAUGGCCCACAUGGAGAUCAGUGAAGGUUUUCUGGUGCACUUCAUAAUGACUUCUCUUCCUGCAUCUUUUGAAGCUUUCAAGGUCAACUACAACACCCAGAAGGUCAAGUGGUCGAUGAAUGAGUUGAUUGCUAUGUGCGUACAAGAAGAAGAGCGUCUGAAGCUGGACAAACCUGAUGUGGCUUACCUCAUGACCGCUAAUCCAAAGAAGACGAAGGGCAAUGUUGAUAAGAAGGAUGUUUCUAAAGUCCAGAAACGUGAUGCAAGUGCUUCUUCUAGCUCUAAGAACUCCAAAGGGAAGUCUUACUGCAAGUUCUGCCGCAAGGAAGGACAUAGACAGAAAGACUGCCAAGACUUUAAGGAGUGGCUGACGAAGAAAGAGAUUCCUUACAAUCCAGAAGCUGGAAAGAAACCGAAGAACACUUAAGCUGGGGAAUGGAACAGAACUAGCUGUCGAAGCCGUGGGAACCUUAGAAUUAAUAAUGAAAAGUGGUUUAUGUAUUAAACUUUAUGAUACCUU